CCCGCUCAAACCUGUCAUCUCUUUUUCCCUUUUUUUGAUCAAUUUCUUUCGUUGAUACUUUUACUUGAAAACCUUUUUGUUUUGGUGCUAAUAACUGGUGACUCAAUGCUGUGGCUUUCUUGCACUUUAUGAACUGAACCAAAAAAUAAAUAAAAAGUUAACUUUUCAUGGCUGAUUGUAGCAAAAGCAGUGAGACCCAAGUCCUUCACUUUCAUUCACAAUCACUACCACCCGAAUUAGGUUGGGAAAAGAAAAAUGUUAUUGAUCAGUUGUUUGAAGAUACAGAAUCCUUCGAUGAUGCAAUUGCCCUUGAUUGUUCCUUCAAUGGAACACCUUUGGUGACAUUUGAUCCUGACAUUGAAGUGGUAGAUGAUACUGAUUGCAUAGAGAAUGCUUGGCUGCCCCAACAGAUAACUGAGUAUGAGAAGGAAGUUGUGCUUGACAGUGAAGAUGAAGGAAACUCUUAUGUUAAACUAGACAGAAGAACAGAAGGGAAUGCUGUAGGUUCUCAAAGGAGGCAGCCUGCUCCACCAUCUCCUCACCUGGAUGACUUUAAAGAAACUUAUGUUGGUUCUAUUGUUGGUGAACAUUGUGGAACAGAACAAGUUGAUGAAAGCACAGAUGCAGGAAAAAUUCAUCCUCCGAUGCUAACACAUGACCAAGUGUUUGCAGAGUUAAAUUAUAUUGGCUCUGAAGAACCUAGAGAGUCAUCCCAAGCGAAUGCGCUUGACUUUGUCAAUCACUACCUCUCACUUAACAAUGUGGACUCUUCUCCAGGAACUAAGCCCAGAAAUGCUAUCAGGAAGAAAACCUCUCCUGUCUCAAGAAUAAAGGGUUGUCAAAGCUUGGCUAAACAAAUUAAAACGGGGACUGCAGUUGGAAAUGAUGGAAUCUUUGAAUGGGUUGAUAAUGAUCAUUGUGGACGGAUUGAUUUCUUCAGCAAGAGGACGGGUACAGCAUUGGGUCAUGGAGGCUCCCAGCAAAGAUCUGUAAAAGGGCAUCAGAAGUUUGGGCGUGUUGAAAGUAAGGAAGCUAGCUGCUCAGGUAAAAAGUUGCAAGAGAAAUCUAGAAACCUCAUAAAGGAAGUGACAGCUUCUUGUUAUUCAGAUUCUAGGCCUGCAGUUGGCAGAGCAAAAGAGAUAAACAGGUUCGAACAAGCAUCUGAAACGAAUUUUGAGAAUGUCUCUGUCAAGAACUCAAAUGAACAAUCGCAUGAAGUCCAAUUGGGGCGGGAUAUAGAUGCUUAUAACACUGAAGAAAAUGCACCAGAUACGUUUGAUGUUGGUUUUGGCACUCAAAUGGCAGCCGAAGCUAUGGAAGCCUUAUCGUAUGGUCUCCCCACAGACAUCUGUGCUGGUAAUGUCAGCCAAUGUCCUCAAAGUUCUCGUUUAGACCCUUCACCAGGAAUAGAGAAGAGUAAAAUUCAUUUCAGAAGCCCUUGCCUUCAGAAGGGUGCAUUCUCUAAUUCAGAAGGCAUCGCAAGAAUGUCAAAGCAAAGAGAGAGGUAUGCCAGUUCAUCUCGGGCACACUCUAGUUAUCAGGAGUUAGAUAAUGAAUUGGAAAUAACAACAAGAAGGAAAAGGGUCAAAUCCUUGGCUGGAAAAUUAAAUGGGAUGAACAGUAUGUACCAGAAUGAAUUUUCAGCCAGAGAAUCUGCAAAGCCUGUCAAGAAAAGAAAGGUAGGCGAAGAAAACACUAAGGAAUGUGAAGAUUGCGGGAGUUCAUCAAUACCAUUUGAGAGUAUUUUACUUGGCAAAGAAUGUAUACAUCAUGGAGAGCCUGUUACUCAGGAAACUGGACGUUGGAUAAGAGAAGGUAAAUUAGAAGGAAAAAAGGAUGGGUCAGACAAUCUAGGGUACGGGAUGAAUGAUGCUGUGAAGGGCAGUACAAUUACAUACAAAAGAAAGAGAAGUUCUGUGCAUGCUAAUGCUAAACCAUCUGGAAUCUUGAAUGUGGGAGGAAAUUGUACCAAAGAGAAGCCAUUUACUCACCAAAGGCAUUGGAUAACUGGAGAUGAACUGGAAGGGACUAAAGAUGGGCCAGAUGGUGCAGGAGAAAGGAUGAAUGCUAUUACGAAAGGAAAAAUAAUAACAUAUAAAAGAAAGAGAAGUGCUAAGGUAUUUGAAUUGACGAGUGCUGAAGGAAAAAGUAUCAAAUUGUGUUGCAAUAUAUCUGAGGUGUCGAGAAACAACAAACUGAUUGGACAAAAGCAAGGAAGUUUGGAGGUAUCUUCUUUAACCGGUUCUUUAGAUUUCAAUGCUUGGAGCUGCCCCAAAGGGAAAAGAAUGCCCCGCAGACGGCCAAGCCAUUUAAAUGAAGCUAAUAACCCUUCCAUCCUAUGCAUAAAAAUUGAUAGAAAAGAAGGUCACAAAAAACCAUACAACAAAAUUCUUCCCAAAUCAUCCCUUUUAAAAGAGCUUAUUAGGCUAGGCAUCCAAGAGCCAAAACCUGACUUUACAUGGAAAGAUUUGAGAAAACGUAGAGAUAUGUCCCAUGUCCAAGUUCUGUUUAGCCAGCAUUUGGAUGAUGAUAUCAUCAAGCAGCAAAAGAAGUAUUUUUCUUCCUUCGAACAGAUCACAGCCCGGCUGGGCAUCUCCAUUGCAUCAUGUUCAAUGAAUGCCACACAUUUCAUAGCAGACAAAUUUGUUCGUACGAGGAAUAUGUUUGAAGCUAUUGCUCAUGGUAAACCAGUGGUGACUCAUUUAUGGCUUGAGAGCUGUGGGCAAGCAAGCUGUCUAAUUGAUGAGAAAAAUUAUAUCCUUAGAGAUGCCAAGAAAGAAAAGGAAAUUGGUUUUAGUAUGCCUGCCUCACUGGCUCGUGCAAGCCAGCAUCCACUUCUAAAGGGUCGAAGAGUCUUAAUUACUCCAAACAUAAAACCAGAUGUAGAAAUGAUUACUAGCUUGAUUAAGGCAGUUCAUGGCCAGGCAGUGCAAAAUUUUCAAAUAUCUGACCUGAAGAUCCCUGAUGACUUAUUGAUCCUUUCAUGUGAAGAAGAUCAUUCUAUAUGUGUACCUUUCCUUGAUAAAGGAGCAGCAGUUUACAGUUCAGAGCUUCUGUUGAAUGGGAUAGUUAUCCAGAAAUUCGAAUAUGAAAGACAUCAACUUUUCACAAAUAGAGCAAAGAGAAGCGGACGCCCUGGAACAAGGUGAAGGAAAAAAUGCUUAUUUUGUUGACACAUGUAAUUAGUGUCCUUGUUUCUUUUUGUUUUGUCUGAAAGUCAUACAGGAACAUAAACAUAGGUGUAGUCUGUCUUUUCCAUGGUGAGAUGUUGCAGAAUUAGCGGUCACCGAGAUUAUGGUGAUUAAAGAACCCUUUUUAGAUGAAGUCAUGUUAAACACAUGAUUUUCUUGCUGAGCAAAUUGCAAAUUCAAGCAUUCAGAGUUCGCAACCAAAACAAUGCGCAUGUUGCCAUAUUUUGUGUAAGACAGACCAGUGCUAGCAAUGUAUAGAUUCACUUAAACAACCGUGGCAUCAAGCACAAAAGACUGUACAAUGUCCAGAACAAAUGAAAAUUUUAAUUCAGGGAAAAGCAAACCUCUUCAGCUAAAUCUUGAUAUUUUUUGUUUAAUUACGUCUAUUUUACAGUAAUUGAAGUUCACAGUGAUGGUCAUUCUCAACCAUAAUGGGUCUAGCACCACAUAGGAGCACAUUACAUACCAUAUGGUAAGGUCUACUGAAGGCGGCACAAUGUGCAAGUGGUGUUUUUGGUUUCUUCUCAAUGCCUUUAACAAAAGCAGAUUGUCAUUAAACCAUUC